AUGUCCGACGUGGACCAACGUGCUCCAUCUCCCACAAGUCCCGCACCACGGCCACAAUCCUCACAGACCAGCCAGAACUAUGUACAGACUCAAAUGCAGCUGAGGAUGCCCAGUGGGGUGAGGGAGUCAUCCGUCAGCAUGUUUACUGGAUUGUCUAACAAGGAUACUCCCCCUCCAUCCUCACCUGGGCGAGUAGUCAGCCCCGGCUCCAUUGACCGUGUUUUCCCGAUCCGUUCGGCAGUGUCUAUCGAUCCUAAUGCCACACCCAUGAGUCGAAGCGAGUCUGGAGAAGGUUAUCCUGGAAUGAAUCUGGGCAUAGAAGGGACCCUGGCUAUGAGAAGAGCUGCACAUGAUGGUGGCAAUAAAACAGGAUUGUCUGCUUCUCCUAGGGAACACGGUCUACCUCCAUCUACAGGCAGCCCGCAGUCGAGACGAAGAUCAACGAGUAUAUCUCAGUCCAGCGAGGGAGGAGACCAUCGACAAGAGUCAUCGAGAAGGUCCUCGUUAUUAGGCGGUCGUGCCCCUGAAAGAGCUGAACACCAUGCUGCUCUCACCAGCAUUCUCAGCGACGAUGCUGCAUCUAUAAAGUCUGGCAGGUCCAGUAUCUCUGCUGGGCUUUCACCUGGAAGCAAGGCCAACUCGAUCAAGACAAACGAAGAAGCACCUCUGGUCACUGCUCGCUUUAAGCACGUUGUGACAGAUGGUGGGCACGCCGUAAUUACGGGUCGGGAUGGCGAAACAUUACAACGAUGCGAAGACGAACCAAUACACAUCCCGGGAGCUGUUCAAAGCUUUGGAUUAUUAUUGGCCUUCAAAGAGGACGAUGGUAAGCUCAUCGUUCACGUUGUUAGCGAGAACUCUCAAUCCAUUAUUGGUUAUACCCCACAACAAUUGUUCAGACUCGAGAAUUUCUUGGAUAUCUUCUCUGAAGAACAAGCCGACAAUUUGCUCGAUCAUCUCGAUUUUAUCCGUGACGAGGAGGGUUCAGAUGUGGUUAAUAACGGACCUGAGGUCUUUAUGGUUUCGUUGCGGCCGCCGCAACAUCGGACCCGCAAACUCUGGUGUGCAAUGCAUCAAUGUGCCACUGACAGGGAAACGAUCAUCUGCGAAUUCGAGGUAGAGGACGAUCAGGUCAACCCACUGGUCCCGCGCGACGACGUUACCCCUGAACUGCCUGAGGAUACUUUAGGUAGCGAACCGACGGCCGAGGAGCUUGCUGAAAGCACAGUGAACGUCAGCAAGCCAUUGAGGGUUCUUCGCAGUGCACGUAAAAAGCGUGGCGAAGCUGCAGCAAUGGAAGUCUUCAACAUCAUGUCCCAGGUACAAGAACAAUUAGCAAAUGCACCUUCAUUGCCAAUUUUCCUGAAAGUCCUGAUAGGCGUUGUCAAAGAACUGACUGGCUUCCAUCGAGUCAUGAUCUACCAAUUCGAUCAGGGGUGGAACGGUCGAGUUGUUGCAGAGCUAGUGGACCCGCGAGCCACUAAAGACUUGUACAAAGGCCUCAACUUCCCAGCGUCGGAUAUUCCCAAACAAGCGCGCGAAAUGUAUAAGGUGAACAAAGUUCGACUCCUCUACAAUCGUGACCAUGAAACCGCUCGACUUGUCUGCAGGACACCCGAAGAUUUAGAAAAUCCUCUUGAUUUGACACAUGCUUACUUACGAGCGAUGUCGCCGAUCCACAUCAAAUACUUAGGAAACAUGGCAGUGCGGUCUUCGAUGUCAAUAUCGAUCAAUGCUUUUAAUGAACUUUGGGGUCUUAUAGCCUGUCAUACGUAUGGACAGCAAGGGAUGCGUGUGUCCUUCCCCAUUCGCAAGAUGUGUCGCUUGGUGGGAGACACAGCAUCACGAAAUAUUGAGCGACUCUCUUAUGCAUCGCGCCUGCAAGCCAGGAAGCUUAUUAAUACAACAUCCUCGACAGCAAAUCCCUCUGGCUAUAUUGUAGCUUCCUCCGAAGACCUAUUACGUUUGUUCGAUGCUGAUGUUGGCGCACUAUCAAUACGUGACGAGACGAAAGUGAUGGGUAAUCCAUCCGGACACCUUCAGGAAGUUCUUGCAAUGACGGAAUUUCUGCGUUUGAAAAGGCUGAAUUCAAUCUAUACUUCUCAAGACAUCAACAUGGACUUUCCCGAGCUACGAUACAGCCCUGGUCUUAAAUUUCUGGCUGGCGUACUUUAUGUGCCUCUGUCUAGUGGUGGCAACGAUUUCAUCGCGUUCUUCAGGAAAGGUGUCUUGCAGGAGGUCAAAUGGGCUGGGAAUCCGUACGAAAAGUUUGUCAAAGAGGGCACAGAAGGCUAUCUAGAGCCGAGAAAGAGCUUCAAACAAUGGAACGAGGUUGUCUUUGGUCGGUGUAAAGAUUGGACAGAGGAGGAGAUUGAGACUGCAUCAGUCUUAUGUCUAGUAUACGGAAAAUUCAUUGAUGUAUGGCGGCAGAAAGAAGCUGCGCUGCAGAAUAGUCAGCUCACGAGGUUACUGCUUGCCAACUCAGCCCAUGAAGUACGGACGCCGCUAAACGCUAUUAUCAACUACUUGGAGAUUGCUUUAGAAGGUUCGCUUGACCAAGACACGAGAGACAACCUGGCGAAAUCGCACUCGGCUUCAAAGUCGUUGGUCUAUGUUAUCAACGACCUGUUAGACCUGACAAAGACCGAGGAGCACCAAGCACUCGUGAAAGAGGAGGUCUUUGAUCUGCUUCAUACUCUGCAAGAAGCAACUGACCCUUUCAUUGGCGAUGCCAAACGCAAAAACAUUGAAUAUGUCGUGGAUGUCGAUAACAAUGUGCCACGAGAUGUUGUAGGCGAUCACCGUCGCGUGCGACAAGUCGUCUCGAAUUUGAUCUCCAAUGCUGUUCAGCAUACACGUGAAGGUAGCGUCAAGGUUCAUGCCUGGCGACUUGAUCCGCAAUCGACAAUCGGACGAAGCGAGAUCGAAAUCUCAGUCGAAGACACAGGAGUUGGUAUGUCGCAGGACAAAGUCGAUGCUCUUUUCCAAGAGCUUGAAGAAGUCGAAUACGAACAGGAAGCCUCUGCACAGGCUUUGCUUGAGGUCAAACCAGCAAUAUCGAAGGAGGACAGCACUGUAAAAGCGCUCGGUCUUGGUCUCGCUGUGGUUGCCCGUACCAUCCGGAACAUGAAUGGCCAACUGCGACUCAAAACCGAAGCGGGCAAAGGCUCUAAGUUCAUAAUAGUACUCGGCUUCGAUUCGGCGUCUACAAACAAGCCACAGAAAGAGAUUACCGGUGUCUCACCUGGAGACAAGACUCCAGCAACCACGGAAAGCACAACGCCUGUACAGGAUGGCGAAGUGACAUUGGUUAAGAGACAGCCAUCGACGCCACAGCGUUCGACUCAUGGGUCCUUGAGCCGCAAGAACAGCACGGAGAGUGUGCACAGCCUUGCAGGAAGCACUAAGAGUGGCAAGAGUGGAACAAGCGUACUCAGCAACCGUAGUGAUGCUGACCGACUCAUCGACGCUAUCCAGCAGCCUCUAUGGAGGGGCGAAAGUGGUGACUUAGCUGCGGACCACACUGGACCUAGAAACAAGGUGGUACGCUCUCAAAGUGCAGGAGACAAGAGUACACCUAGUAUGGAAUCGCCGCAGAAAUCCAAGUCUAUCGGUUCUACGAAAGACUUGAGGUCGUCGCUAAAGGUGCCAGGUCAACACAAUGUGCAGGAUUCCGGAACGCCCAUAAGACCUGUUCGCAUGGAGGAGCACGAGAAGUCACCUGAAGUCAAGGGCAUGGGAAGAGUCAAGUUCGAGGAGCUUGAGGUGCCUAAGGUGCAAACACCGAGUGCGCUAGAGGAAGAAGACCCGAACGCAGGCUUCUCGGUUCUCGUCGCGGAAGACGAUCCGAUAAACAGCAGGAUUAUGAAGAAACGGCUGGAGAAGCUUGGCCAUUCAGCUUACAUGACGGUGAACGGAGAAGAAUGCUCGUCAGCACAUGGCGAGAAAGCGGUAAUGUUCGAUGCUGUAUUGAUGGACCUGCAAAUGCCGAUUGUUGAUGGGUUCAGCUCGACGAAAAUGAUACGUUCAUCGGAGAAAACUCAAGGCCCUAGCUGCUUGUCAACUCGAGCCGCUAAGAACGGAAGAAUACCAAUAUUCGCUGUGUCAGCAUCGCUGCUAGAGAAAGAAAAGGACAAGUACAUUGCUACCGGGUUUGAUGGCUGGAUCCUUAAGCCUGUCGACUUCAAGCGAGUCAACGAACUCCUGCGGGGCAUCGUUGAUAACACGAUCCGAAAUAAUAGUCUUUACAAGCCAGGAAAGUGGGAACAGGGCGGCUGGUUCGAGGCGCGGUCUGAGGGCAACCAUCAGUUCGAAAUCGACACGCAUCCGAGCGAGAAGGCGCCUACGGUAGAGGGUGCGAAGAUGAAUGGCAACAGUCGAAGUCAACUGAGCGAUGCUGGAGACGGCGAUUCGACACCUACAGGACGACGCAGGAGUAGAAGUGAAGAUCCAUGA